AUGGCUUUCAAGUUGCUCGCUUUGGUCUCUCUGGCUGCUGCUGUCUCAGCUGGCGUGAUUCCUGUGGAACACCACGAACAUCUAGAGCCACAGCUCUACCAUGCUGCAGUGCCUCAGCCACAGCAUGUGAUCUACCAGAAGCCCCACGACAUUCACGCCCACGCUCACGCCCAUGAGGUCUAUCCCGAUGAUCCUCAUCCCAAGUACAACUUCGCUUAUGAUGUGCAGGAUGCUCUCUCCGGCGACUCCAAGAGCCAGGUUGAAUCCCGCGAUGGUGAUGUUGUCCAGGGCGAAUACUCGCUGGAUGAUGCCGAUGGCUUCCGUCGCACCGUCAAGUACACCGCUGACUCCGUGAACGGCUUCAACGCUGUCGUGCAUCGUGAACCUCUCGCUCAUGCCCACCACAAAGUGGUUGCUGCCGCUCCACUUGCUCCCGUGCAGUAUCACCAUGCUGCCCCAAGUGCUGUGCUGAAGACUCCAGUGUCGUAUGCUGCCCCCGCCUAUGUUGCACCCACCUAUGCUGCUCCCUCUCACUACGAGCACGAGCCACAGCACUACGAACAUGAGCAGCAGCAGCAUCAGGCUCAGCACUAUACCAGCUAUGAGACUCCUGCCCCAGCCAGCCACGAUGCCAGUGACUACUACCACCACUAGAGCCGAAGCGUGCACCGUUGAAAGUAUUAUUUUGCAUCUCCCCAUUCCAUGUACUCAU